UUUUGGUGGGGUACAGUCUUGGGGCCAGGUUUUAAUUGGACACAAACAGUGCAAAAAAAGUACAAGUAAGGAUUUGGAGAAAGGUCAACUAAAAAAAACUACUUCUUACCAUCCUCUGGAAGUGUGUCGGCUGUGUCGAGGCCUGUGUUUAAUUGACAGAAAAAACGCGCACAAAAUAAUUUCCCUGCAUAACGUCAACAAGAACUGCCAACUGAAAUCAAAGUGCCAAUAAAAUAAUGCAGCUACAAAAAAUUAAGUUCAAUUAGGUGAAAACAAAUUCCCUGGACGACAACACCCCAUUGCCCGAACUAAGUUUUGAGGACUUCCUGGAGCCAGCGGAGGAUAAGAGCCCACAACACAUGGAUAUCGAUGCCUUGGACUCGGAGGACGAGGAUGUCUCCGGUCACGACAUGGCCAGUGACUCGCUGCACACGCCACAGUUCAAGAAAUCCACCAUUCACAUAUUAGAGAACAAGCGGUUGACGACCUCGGGAAUGGCCCCUGUCCUCAAGACCCAUGCCAUCAAGGUGGUAACCUCCGGGACGGGACUGGGAAGCCUUGGGGGAACAAAUGCAUCGACCACUCCCGUCAAGCCUCAAAUAACGGACGUUAAGAUCCUCAACAAACUGAAACCACUCACUGGCAGCAGCAGUAGCAGCAUUACCAGCAACGUCAAGAUCGUUACCGCAGGCACGACGGGCGGAGUGACCAAGACGCUGAACAACUUGACACAGAUCAAGACGCCCGAUGGCAGGAUACUCUACGUACAGAAAUCUACGCCCGGCACACAGACUGCAGCUAAAGUAUCCACUGUGGCUGCGCCCACGACCAGUGGAAUACGCCGCCUUGUUGCCCCUUCAAACAUCCAGAAGGCGGUGGUCUCCAAAAGCGUGACUAUAACGGGUCCUGGCUUGGUCAAAGCUGCAGUACCUGUUAAAGCAGGUGCCACUGGUUCCGUGCCCAUCACAAUCAAGGGCAUUACACCGCUGGUCACAGGCGGCGGUGGUGGUGGAUCUGGAGGAAAAACAGCAUCCACAAUCUCGCCCACAUCCAAUGCGGCUGCUGCUCCACAGGCCGCCAAAGUUCACGUGGUGCGCACAGCCGACGGAAAGAUCAUUAAAAUCAAUCAGACGACUUCGUCGGUUCUUCUGAAUGCCAAACCACCAGUUGCGGGAUCCUCUGCUGCCACGCCCGUAGCCAUCUCCCCCACCAAAAGCAACGUGGUGCUCGGCAAACCCGUCAGCCAGGUGGUGCUCAAGACUGGGGCUCCGGCUGCGACUUCGGUGAAGCAAGCUAAUACCACGACUGGCACCGUUUCCAAUGCAACCAGCACUGGGACACCCGGCAAGAUGUUGGUGCAGAGUGGAGGCAAGCAGAUACUGGUGUCAAACAAAAACAUUAUAAAGCUAUCACCGAAACCGGGCGCUACCAGCGCCGUUACCAACACGGCCGGCGGGCAAGGCGGCGCCUUAUCCACGAGCGGAAUCCACGCUGUUCAGGUGCCCGGCAAGGGAGGAGUGCAAUAUGUACGUGUGCUGACCAACAGCAAGAGUACAGCAGGGACGGCUGCAGCCGGGACGAAUGUAACUACGACGAGUGCAGCUGGGAGUACAUCUACCGCAACCGCGUCCGUGCCUGUGCCUAGGGCCAUGCCAGGCCAAAAGAUAACAGUGGUACGGUCUCAAGCCGGAGUUUUUACGUCCACCUCACCCUCCACAUCAGCAUCAACCUCUGCAUCAACAACUCAAAAGGCAAACCACGCCGUGAGCAGCAACUCCAACAAGAUUAUAAUGCGGUCAAUGGGCAGUAUUGUGCCGUUGCCCUCCGUGCAGACGUUGGUCUCUAAGCGUGCGCUGGGCGCCAGUACCAAUGCCACCAAGUCGGCUAGCGGGCCCAGCAGUAGCAGCGGAGUUAGCAGCCAGCAGGAGUCGCCACGCAAGCACCGGCUAACCGAUCUCAACAUACAGCUUAAGCAUCUGACCGCCAGUAGCGGCGAUGCCAGCGACAGCAGCGAUGCAGGUCCGGAGGCCAAGAAGCCGCGCUUCGUGAUCACCAUGCAACAGGGCUCCCAGCAGCAACGCUUGGCAACCGGCAGCAACACUAGUCCCAUCGCGGCUAAGAAGAUCUACAACUUUAUGAAGACGACGGGAACUAAUGGGGUGAAGUACAUGAUCUGCAACUCGGGCAUUCCUCAGGCGUCGACCAGCUCUAUGCGGCGGGGAUAUACUGGAUAUGUGGACAGUAAAUCGCGGCGACCGCUGUCCAUUGCCUCGCAGCAAGCGAGAUUCAGGCAGAUGACUCCCCAGCAGCAGGCGAAACACUUGCAACUGCAGGCGCAGGCCAAGCAGAGGAUCCGGCAGCAGCAACUGCAGUCUGCGGGGCAGGCCAAGGGGAACACACUGCCAACGCUGCCCACACAGCCGCCUCAAGUCACGAAAGCUGCGGCUGCCGGCAAGCCGCUUUUCGAUAUACUGAAACCACCGUCGACUGGGUCAGGAUCUGUCGCGGCCGCCGAAGCACUGGCCGGCAUGACGUCGCGCCGCAAACACUGUAACUGCAGUAAAUCGCAGUGCCUGAAGCUCUACUGCGACUGCUUUGCAAACGGAGAGUUCUGUCAGGACUGCACCUGCAAGGAUUGUUUUAACAAUCUGGAUUAUGAAGUGGAGCGAGAACGAGCCAUUCGCAGCUGCCUAGAUCGCAACCCAAGCGCCUUCAAGCCCAAAAUAACGGCUCCCAAUUCGGGUGACAUGCGUUUGCAUAACAAAGGCUGUAAUUGCAAGCGAUCCGGCUGCCUCAAGAACUACUGCGAGUGCUACGAGGCCAAGAUUCCCUGCACCAGCAUAUGCAAAUGCGUGGGCUGUCGAAACAUGGAAGACCGUCCGGAUGUGGACAUGGACUCAUUGGAUGGCCUGUUGGGUGUCAAAGGUACACGAAGGGUUCCAGAUGCGAGCGACAAGCACGCGCUGAAGAACCGCUCCAAAAUGUAUCUGACGGACGAUGUCAUUGAGGCGACUAUUAUGUGCAUGAUAUCACGGAUUGUCAUGCACGAGAAGCAGGGCAUGCCCCUUGAGGACACCGAGCGCGAGGUUAUGGAAGAGCUUGGUGAAAGCCUCAAUCAGAUAAUAAUGGUUGCCCAGGAGAAGAACGAUACAUCAGCUCAGCUAGACGAGUCCACUGCAGCUUCUUAGGACACCAGGCACAGGCAGUUGCCGCUAUCUUAGUCACACAUGAAUUAGAUUUUAAGUUUCAAGCGUUCUUGACCUUUUCUACAAACUCCGCAAUAUUAUAUUUUUGGCUUUCUAAAAGUUGACCUUAAAUUGUACUAUUUAAACCAAAAUGUAAAUACCGCGACAGAUAGCAAAUUUCAUAAAUAUAUAAGACAAUUUUAUUUCGAAUUAUUCAAGCGUCUUUUGCUUACCAUUAUAACCAUAUUGAAAAUUCAUCCCUCUUGAAU